AUGGAUCGCCUUAACCGGAUGCUCCAGGCCGCCCAAGGCAUGGGAAUGGGAGGUGCUGCUCCUGGUGGUGAUACCCCGAAUCUGAUUGAUAACUCCGAAACCGUUCACAUAUCUUCCUUGGCUCUGCUGAAGAUGCUCCGACACGGCCGUGCAGGUGUCCCGAUGGAAGUUAUGGGUCUUAUGCUUGGUGAAUUCGUCGAUGAAUACACAGUCCGCGUAGUGGACGUCUUUGCUAUGCCUCAGAGUGGUACCGGAGUCAGUGUCGAAGCCGUGGACCCUGUGUUCCAGACCAGGAUGAUGGAAAUGCUCCGACAGACCGGACGACCCGAAACUGUUGUUGGUUGGUAUCACUCUCACCCUGGUUUCGGCUGUUGGCUUUCUUCCGUCGAUAUCAACACCCAACAAUCCUUCGAACAGCUCACGCCACGCGCGGUUGCUGUUGUUGUUGACCCUAUCCAAUCAGUGAAAGGAAAGGUUGUCAUUGAUGCGUUCCGUCUCAUUCAACCCCAGACAGUAGUCAUGGGCCAGGAACCCCGUCAGACCACAUCCAACUUGGGUCACCUCAACAAGCCUUCAAUCCAGGCUCUGAUUCACGGUCUUAACCGACACUACUACAGCAUUGCGAUUGAUUAUCGCAAGACUGGCUUGGAAGAAAACAUGUUGAUGAACCUUCACAAGCAUGUAUGGACCGAGGCCUUGGAGAUGAGCGAUUUCCACGAAGAGGGUCAGCACAAUGUGGAGCAGAUGAAGCAGCUUGUCCUUCUUGCCGAAGGCUACGAGAAGCGGAUCAAGGAGGAGACCGAGCUGUCCAAGGACCAGCUCAAGACAAGAUAUGUUGGCAAGGUCGAUCCCAAGAAACACAUCGAGGACUUAAGUCAAAAGCUGAUUGAGGAUAACAUUGUUGCCGUUUCGCGGCAAAUGAUUGAUAAAGAAGCUUCGGUGGCACGGCAAUCAUCGGCCAAGGAGGAGACGAACGGCGCCGUCAUGGAAGUGGACGAGGAUCUCUAA